GGCUCAGCGCAGAUGGCUAAAUCAAACUGACUGAGGUGCUGAUUGAGUCACCUGUGGCCAAGCAUGGUUACACCUACAGCCUGGACCAUUGGUGAGCCUUGAGGACCUGUGCCGAUGCCUCUGUUUGCCCCUAACAAACACUGAGGUCUGAGUUCCGGCGGCUUAUGGGGUACACCUGAUCGCUGGAAACAUAGAUAAAUAUCAAUUCUGUACAGAAUCUGACCGAGCACUAAGCAGCUGUCACUGUGUUUAAAGAACAUCGAGCAGGACCUAGAGCGGGAUUCAGAGGCUGACUGGAGAGGUGACUGCUGGAGGGGGAGUAUAUAGAGGAACACAGGGGUCUGUACAAGGACGUGAUGAUGGAGAAUCACCAGCCCCUCACAUCACUGGAUGGACCCAGUAACAGAGAUACCCCAGAGAGAUGUCCCCGUCCUCUGUAUUCCCAGGAUUGUACAGAGGAGAAUUACAGGAUCCCACAGGAGUAUCAGGAUGAAUAUCUGACAUUUAUAAAGAUUAAAUAUAUAGAGGGAGAUGAAGAGACAUAUGUGAUGGCUAAUGAGGAAGAAGAUAUAGAGAGAGACGAAGAGACGUAUGUGAGGGGUGAUCAGCAGUGUGAGGAGGAGGAAAUCCCUACAGAUAUCGGCACAGAUGUACCCAGUAACGAAGAUACCCCAGAGAGAUGUCCCCGUCCUCUGUAUUCCCAGGAUUGUACAGAGGAGAAUCACAGGACCCCACAGGAGGAUCAGGGUGAAGACCUCCCUAAUAUUAUGAUAGAAGUUAUAGAAGGAGAAGAGACGUAUGUGACUGAUAUAAAGGCAGUAGAUACAGAGGGAGAAGAAGAAACAUAUGUGAGGGGUGAUCAGCAGUGUAAGGAGGAGGAAAUCCCUACAGAUAUCAGCACAGAUGGACCCAGUAACAGAGAUACCCCAGAGAGAUGUCACCGUCCUCUGUAUUCCCAGGAUUGUACAGAGGAGAAUCAGGGUGAAUAUCUGACUUAUAUUAAAGAAGAAGAUACAGAGGGAGAAGAGACGUAUGUGGGUGGUGAUCAGCAGUCUAAUGAGAAGGAAAUCCCUACAGAUAUCAGCACAGAUGGAUACAAAAGCUGGAAUAACUUGGAAGGACAUCUUGACUUUUUGGCUCCAUGUUUUAAAAUGGAAGAUAACAUCACACAAGAUUCUACAGGAGAAAGUCCCCAUACCCUAAAUAUACAUCCAGUCCUAUACAAUGCAGAUCUAUCAUCUGAUUCCACUAAUCGCGAGGAACCUUCUGUCGAUAGCUCUGAUACACAUAGUACAGAUCAUGCAGGUGAUACAAUGUUUCCUUGUUCAGAGUGUGGGAGAUGUUUUGCAUUUAAAUCACAUCUUAUUACACAUCAGAGAAGUCACAGGGGUGAGAAACUAUUUACAUGCUCUGAGUGUGGGAAAUGCUUUGCAUAUAAAUCACGUCUUGUUCUACAUCAGAUCAUUCACACAGAUGAGAAACCAUUUCCAUGUUCGAAAUGUGGGAAAUGUUUCAAACAUAAAUCGCAUCUCAUUGCACAUCAGAGAAUGCACACAGGUGAGAGACCAUAUAAUUGUUCUGAGUGUGGGAAAUGUUUUACGUAUAAAUCACGCCUUGUUCUACAUCAUAGAAUUCACACAGGUGAGAAACCAUUUCCAUGUUCUGAGUGUGGAAAAUGUUUUGCAUAUAAAUCCCGUCUUGUUCUACAUCAGAGAACUCACACAGGUGUGAAACCAUAUCCAUGUUCUGAGUGUGGGAAAUGUUUUGCAUUUAAGUCCCGCCUUGUUCUACAUCAGAUCAUUCACACAGAUAGGAAACCAUUUCCAUGCUCUGAGUGUGGGAAAUGUUUUAAACAUAAAUCACAUCUGAUUGCACAUCAGAGAAGUCACACAGAUGAGAAACCAUAUACUUGUUCUGAGUGUGGGAAAAGUUUCACAUAUAAAUCACGUCUUGUUCUACAUCAGAGAACACACACAGGUGAGAAACCAUUUCCAUGUUUAGUAUGUGGGAAAUGUUUUGCAUUUAAGUCCCGUCUUGUUCUACAUCAGAUCAUUCACUCAGACAGGAAACCAUUUCCAUGUUUGGAGUGUGGGAAAUGUUUUAAACACAAAUCACAUCUCAUUGCACACCAGAGAAUGCACACAGGGGAGAAAUCAUACACGUGUACUGAGUGCGGUAAGAGUUUUACGUAUAAGUCACGUCUUCUUCUACAUCAGAGAAUUCACACAACUGAGAAACCAUUUCCAUGUUCAGUAUGUGGGAAAUGUUUUGCAUUUAAGUCCCGUCUUGUUCUACAUCAGAUCAUUCACUCAGACAAGAAACCAUUUCCAUGUUCGGAGUGUGGGAAAUGUUUUAAACACAAAUCACACCUUAUUGCACAUCAGAGAAUACACACAGGUGAAAGAUCGUACACAUGCUAUGAGUGUGGGAAAUGUUUUACAUAUAAAUCACGUCUUCUUCUGCAUCAGAGAAUUCACACAGGUGAGAAACCAUUUCCAUGUACUCAGUGUGGGAAAUGUUUUGCAUAUAAAUCACGUCUUGUUCUACAUCAGAGAAUUCACACAGGUGAGAAACCAUUUCCAUGUUCUCAAUGUGAGAAGCGGUUUGCACUUAAAUCUCAUCUUAAUAUUCAUCAGAGAGUUCACACUGGUGAAAAGCCAUUUCCAUGCUCUGAGUGUGGGAAGUAUUUUUCCUUCAAAUCACGUCUUCUUAGACAUCAGAGAAUUCACACAGAUGAGAAACCAUUUCCAUGUUCUCAGUGUGGAAAAUGUUUUCAAGACACAUCAGCUCUUGUUGAACAUCAGAUAAUUCACACAGGUGCAAAACCAUAUUCGUGCUCUGAUUGUGGUAAAUGUUUUGCAUUUAAGUCCCGUCUUCUUUUGCAUCAGAUCAUUCACACAGAUGAGAAACCAUUUCCAUGCUCUGAGUGUGGGAAAUGUUUUAAACAUAAAUCACAUCUUAUUGCACACCAGCGAAUGCACACAGGUGAGAAACCAUAUAAUUGUUCUGAUUGCGGGAAAUGUUUUACAUAUAAGUCACGUCUUUUUCUACAUCAAAGAAUUCACACAGGUGAGAAACCAUUUACAUGCCCUGAAUGUGGGAAAUGUUUUGCAUUUAAGUCCCGUCUUGAUUUACAUCAGAGCAUUCACACAAAUGAGAAACCAUUUCCAUGCUCUGAGUGCGGGAAAUGUUUUAAACAUAAAUCACAUCUUAUUGCACAUCAGAGAAUGCACACAGGUGAGAGACCAUAUAAUUGUUCUGAGUGUGGGAAAAGUUUUGCAUAUAAAUCACGUCUUGUUCUACAUCAGAGAACUCACACAGGUGAGAAACCAUAUUCAUGUUCCGAGUGUGGGAAAUGUUUUGCAUUUAAAUCCCGUCUUGUUCUACAUGAAAUUAUUCACACAGAUGAGAAGCCAUUUACUUGUUCUGAGUGUGGUAAAUGUUUUAAACAUAACUCACAUCUUAUUGCACAUCUGAGAGUGCACACAGGGGAGAAAUCAUACCCUUGUUCUGAAUGUGGAAAAAGUUUCUCUUAUAAAUCACGUCUUGUUCUACAUCAGCGAAUUCACACAGGGGAGAGACCAUAUCCAUGUUCUGAGUGUGGGAAAAGUUUCACCUAUAAAUCAGGUCUUGCUAAACACCAGAGAACUCACACAGGUGAGAAACCUUUUCCAUGCUCCGAGUGUGAGAAAUGUUUUCAAGAUAUAUCAGCUCUUGUUGAACAUCAGCGAACUCACACAGGUGAGAAGCCAUUUCCAUGCUCUGAGUGUGGGAAAUGUUUUACACAGAAAUCACAUCUUGCUGCACAUCAGAGAACUCACACAGGUGAGAAAUUGUAUCCGUGUUCUGAGUGCGGAAAAUGUUUUGCAUAUAAAUCUCGCCUUGAUCUACAUCAGAGAAUUCACACUGGUGUGAAACCAUUUCCAUGCUCUCAGUGUGGGAAAUGUUUUACGCAUAAAGGGGGUCUUACUAAACAUCAGAUAACACAUACAGGUAAGAAACCAUUUUUAUGUGUUGAGUGUGGGAAACGUUUUAAAUGUAAAUCACUUUAUGUCGAACAUCGGAGAACUCACACCGGAGAUAAACCAUAUCCAUGCUCUGAGUGUGGGAAAUGUUUCAUAUAUAAAUCACGUCUUCUUAGGCAUCAGAGAAUUCACACAGGUGAGAAACUGUAUCCGUGUUCUCAGUGUGGGAAAUGUUUUACACAAAAGAUAAAUCUUGUUACACAUCUGAAAACUCACAGGAGAAAAGCAAAGAGCUGAUAUUGGUGAAGCGUUGCAGCAAUACGAUAUAUUGUAAUAGCUGUUGAUUAAUGUAAAUUGUAAAUAGUCCUAAUAGGAAGUCGCACUUAGCUUGAGGUUCUGAUGGAACCUCACACUUAUUUGAGUCUCCCCAGUAUGGUAGCAUGGUCUAGAUGGAAUGUACAGCAACAUAAACUGGAAAACAUGGUUCACGUCUGGAAGUUAUUGCAGUUUCCUUAUUCUAUUAGAUAUUUCCAUCACUUUCUGCAAUAAUAACAGAACAUGUCGAUAUAUAGGGUUCUUAGUAAUAUAUAAUCCUGGCAAUGGGCUGAAUAUAUAAUGUGAAACUUGGGACACUUACAUUAUUAGAUUACACUAUAAUGUACUAUUGAUAAUGUACACUAUAAUUACUAUUGAAUGUGUAAUUGUGCUUAUAAUUAUUUCUGUAAUUUGUUACUUAUUAGAAAUCAUUUACAAAUCUGUAAAGGGUUCUUUACUCUUCCCAUGCUGCUCACUAUUUGGCCCAGCCUGGCUAUUUUUGCGGAUGCUUUUGACUCUGGCGAUAACUGUGUCACAUGAUACCAUUGCCGUAUGUGCUGUUAUUACUCUUUCAUCUAGACUCAUGUUUCGCCUUUCUGUUUUUUUUUUAUUUUUAUUGUGUUAUUUGGGAAAGGUGAGAUCACUUUGUUGUAUCCACUUUAAAAAAAAUCAUUAAAAUACACUUGAUUAAAUAAAAAAAUCUGCAAAUAUGA